UGAUAAUAAAAUUAUAAAACAUACCUAAUAAUAAAAUUAAGAAACUUAGAUUUGAUUAUUAUAAUAAUUACAUAUUUAUUUUCAAUAUGGAUGAAGUUGGACAUUACAUUUCAUGUAAUAGUAGUCGAUUUCUUUUGUUUUCAAAGGAUUUUUGGGUGUUGAAUACAGACUUGCUUGAAAUUAUAACGAAUAUAAAGAUUUUAACAAAUGGAAUUUCUAUUGCGAAAUUUAUGGGUAGAGAACUAUUUGCUGAAAAUCGACGUUUUCCACCAAAAGGAAAAUACGUUCGAAUUGGAGGUCCAGGGUCAGCGUGGUUCCAAGUGAUUAUCGAUUUUAAUAGUACAGACAAAGAGGAAUCACGUAUAAAAAUAAUAGAAAAAAUGAGGGAGAUGUUUUGUAAUGAAGUAGGUACUUAUGAUCGUAAAUCGUUUGAAGAAGCUUUGAAUAUUCAGUGGCAAGAUCCGCCAAUUAUGUAACUAUUAAGUUUUGGAUCAAUGGAUGGAACUAGGAAUUUUUAUAUAAUUUGUUUUUGAAUGCAUUACUUAAUUUAUAAAAAUAUGAAAGGAGCUCAUAUGAACUUGGAUCUGGAAAAUGAAAAUAAUCCAUUUUUAAUAUACUGGCUUAUUGACGCAUCUUAGGUACCUACCAAUAUCGGAAAUCACACGAUGUUAUAAAAAAGUUGUAAACCAGCUUCAUUGUUAUAAACAAUGCUCUAUUUACAUCAAUGCAUUUUUAUUCAAGAAAACUAAAUUUUGCACUAUAUACCCUCGAUUCAUUUUUCUUAAAUCACGUUUUUCCAAACCCAUGCUCACAUGAACUUUUAUUCGUAUUGAAUUCAAAAAAUUUCCAAAAUCUUUAUUUGCUUUCUUUGCAUGUUAAAAAGGAAUUGAAUUUCAAAAAUUCAUAUUUUUUUGAAAUCAGAAACAAUUUAUUAUUAUUAUUUUCUUUUACUAAUUAAAAUUUAUAACGUCGAUCUUCAUCCUUUUGAUAACCAGGUAAGACAUAUUUUUUAUGAAAUUUUAUUGAUUUUGAACACG